AAUGCAGUUACGAAAAGUUACAGCUAGUCAAUUCAUUGACGUUUGGAGUCAUUAUGACGUAGAUGGUAACGGUUUCAUAGAAGGUAACGAAUUAGACGCCUUCUUAAAGGAAUUUAUGGUCAACACCCAACCUUUCGAUGAAACUUCUUUUCAAUAUAUGAAAGGGCGUUUCUUGGACGCUUUUGAUGAGAAUGACGAUGAUCGUAUAGAUAUUUCUGAAAUGGCGCAAAUUUUACCAACUGAAGAAAACUUUCUUUUACUAUUCCGUUUCAAAAAUCCAUUAACAUCUAGCGUUGAAUUUAUGAGAGUAUGGAGAGAAUUUGAUAAGGAUUGUAGCGGAUAUAUCGAAGCUGAUGAAUUAAAAGAUUUUCUUGAAGAUCUUUUAAAAGAGGCUAACAGAGAGGAUCAAGUGACCGAAGAACAGUUAUUAGAGUACACAACAACAAUGUUGCAGCUCUUUGACCAGAACAAAGACGGGAAAUUACAGUUGAGCGAAAUGGCUAAGUUAUUACCCGUAAAAGAAAAUUUCUUGUGCAGACCUAUAUUCAAAAUGAGUAAUGUCUCCAAAAAAUUGAACGCAAGCGACAUUGACAGCGUAUUCAACUUGUACGAUACUGACAGUAAUGGAUGUAUAGAAAAUGAGGAACUAAAUGGUUUCUUAAAGGACUUAAUGGAACUUGUUCAAAGUGAAUAUGAUAGUGACGAUAUCCAAUAUAUGAAAAAGACGAUUCUGGAUCAGUGGGACUUUGAUAAAGAUGGAAAGAUAAACAAAAAUGAAUUAACCAUGCUUCUUUUACAACAAUCUCAAACGUAUGAUGAUUAA